ACGUGUCAACAUAUCUGACUGUCUUCUCCCCCUUUGAUUUUUUUUCUUUCAUUCGAUUCCUUAGUUCGUCGAUUAGAGACUACCGUCGCUACUUCGCCGCGGAUUCUUCACCGGAAUCAGGUCAAAGCUUUCUCUAAAAGCAAAUCUCGUCUCGUUUCGUUGACCUCCCGAUCGAUUCUGAUACCUUCGUGAUCUUCUUCAUCGCAGUAGCUCUACGUUCUCACAGCUUCGAUUCGAUUGUUUCUCCCGCCUGAUAUCUGUUUUGGAACACAAUGGUGUAUCACUCGAGCUUUGUGGAAGAAGAAGGGAUAACAAAGGCGUGUGGUUGCCCUUUGCUUCCUCUUAAGAGCCAUAUCAAGGGUCCUGCACCUGUUUCAGAACAAGAUAGGACUGAUAUAGUGGAUGAGGCAAUCACGUUCUUCCGCGCGAAUGUCUUCUUCACAAACUUUCCUAUCAAAAGUCCUGCUGAUAAGCUCCUUAUUUACCUGACGUUUUACAUAAACGUGGCGUUGAAGAGGCUCGAAGGGUGUAGAACACUGGCUGUAGGAACUAAGGCGAUUAUCAACUUGGGUUUAGAGGAUAUCCCUGUUCCUGGAGAAACCGGGUUUCCAUUUCCAGGUCUCUUUUCACUUCCUUCGUCCCAGGAAGAAGCUGAUCUUUUCAGGAACUAUCUGAAGCAGGUUCGAGAGGAGACAAGUGGGAGGCUACUGAGCGUGGCGUAUAGAGCUAAUGGGACACCAAACAAAUGGUGGCUUGCAUUCGCCAAGAGGAAAUUUAUCAACGUGGUUCUCCUCUAAAUCUUCAUCACUGCCCAUUACAAAUGAAGGGUUACCAAGCCACCCAGAUCAUGAGCACUGCCGCCUUUGGCUGAAAAUUUUGUAUUAGAGAAGAAAGCUUUCUCUCUGGAUCUCUCUAUAUACAUACAUAUACGUAAGACUGCAGUGUAGUAUUUUCAUACGACUGUUUGGUGAUACAAGAUCAAAGUUACCGAGAAUUCUUUUGUUAUUGCUUUA